AGGAUAGCGACUGGAAUCUUCUUGCUUAUCUUCUUUGGGGAUCGUAGCCGCCGGAUCCGUGCCGCGGCGGAGAUCUAGUGGGCGGUGCUUUGACCGGAAAUGGUUCGACGGCGAAUGCUGGAUUUCAGAGGGUAUUGGAUGGAUCUGACGGAGUAGAGAUGGCUGUGAGGCGGGGGAGGAGUAUGGAGGAGGCAGUGGAGGUGGCGUGGGUUGUAUGGCUGAUCUUAGUGGUCAACCCCGUGUUUAGGGUUUUGGCCAACCUGGAAGGUGAUGCAUUGCACAGUUUACGAACAAACUUGAAUGAUCCUAAUAAUGUUCUUCAAAGCUGGGAUCCCACCCUGGUUAAUCCGUGCACAUGGUUUCAUGUUACAUGCAACAAUGAUAAUAGUGUAAUUAGAGUUGAUCUUGGGAAUGCAGCAUUGUCUGGAACGCUAGUCCCCCAGCUUGGUCAGCUUAAAAAUCUGCAAUACCUGGAACUUUACAGUAACAAUAUUAGUGGAUUAAUCCCUCCAGAACUUGGAAAUUUGACGAGCUUGGUGAGCUUGGAUUUGUACCUGAAUAAUUUUACUGGUGGCAUACCAGAUUCAUUGGGAAAUCUGUCAAAAUUGCGCUUCCUUCGGCUCAACAACAAUAGCUUGACGGGUACCAUUCCUACGUCUUUAACCAAUAUAAAUGCCCUCCAAGUUUUGGAUCUUUCUAACAACAAUCUAUCCGGGACAGUUCCAUCCACGGGGUCCUUUUCUUUGUUUACUCCUGUCAGCUUUGCAAACAAUCCUCUAUUAUGUGGUCCGGGAACAUCUCAUCCUUGUCCGGGUUCUCCUCCAUUCUCCCCACCACCUCCAUUUAAUCCUCCAGUUACAGUCUCAUCACCAGGAAAUAGUGCCUCAAGCACCGGUGCAAUUGCUGGAGGAGUUGCUGCCGGUGCUGCUUUACUUUUUGCUGCUCCAGCUAUUGCUUUUGCAUGGUGGCGUCGUCGGAAGCCACAAGAACAUUUCUUUGAUGUUCCUGCUGAAGAAGAUCCAGAGGUUCAUUUGGGUCAGCUUAAAAGGUUCUCCCUUCGGGAGCUCCAAGUUGCAACUGACAGUUUUAGCCCCAAAAAUAUUCUUGGCAGAGGUGGAUUUGGAAAGGUCUACAAAGGAAGGCUUGCAGAUGGUUCACUAGUGGCUGUAAAGAGAUUGAAGGAAGAGCGCACACCAGGGGGAGAACUCCAAUUCCAGACUGAAGUUGAGAUGAUUAGUAUGGCUGUACAUCGAAACCUGCUUCGUCUACGUGGGUUUUGCAUGACCCCUACCGAAAGGUUGCUUGUCUACCCAUACAUGGCUAAUGGAAGUGUGGCAUCAUGCUUAAGAGAACGGCAACCAAAUGAACCACCACUUGACUGGCCUACUAGAAAACAAAUUGCAUUGGGAUCUGCAAGGGGACUUUCUUACCUGCAUGACCACUGUGAUCCAAAGAUCAUUCACCGAGAUGUCAAAGCUGCAAAUAUCUUAUUGGAUGAGGAGUUCGAGGCAGUUGUUGGUGAUUUUGGCUUGGCCAAAUUGAUGGAUUACAAGGAUACCCAUGUAACAACUGCUGUUCGAGGAACAAUUGGACAUAUUGCGCCAGAGUAUUUAUCAACAGGGAAAUCUUCAGAGAAAACCGAUGUUUUCGGGUAUGGAAUCAUGCUUCUAGAGCUGAUCACUGGACAAAGGGCAUUUGAUCUUGCUAGGCUCGCAAAUGAUGAUGAUGUCAUGCUACUUGACUGGGUGAAAGGAUUGCUGAAAGAGAAGAGGCUGGAAAUGCUUGUUGAUCCUGAUCUACAGAGCAACUAUGUGGAGGCCGAGGUAGAGUCCCUCAUCCAGGUGGCCCUCCUCUGCACACAGGGGUCCCCAAUGGACCGUCCAAAGAUGUCGGAGGUGGUGCGAAUGCUCGAAGGCGACGGCCUUGUUGAGAGAUGGGAGGAGUGGCAGAAAGUCGAAGUCUUUCGGCAGGAGGUAGAGUUGGCCCCACAUCGCAAUUCUGAUUGGAUUGUUGACUCCACAGACAAUCUCCAUGCUGUUGAAUUAUCAGGUCCAAGGUGAAAUCAAGGGGACCAUCAGGAACUCAUUUAUAAUUGUUUCUUUGCCCCCAGGUGCUAAAGGCAAGGGCUUCAUCAUCUACUACAGCUAGUUGUCGAUAAUGAUUUGUAAUGUUUUAUUUUAUUUUAUUUUAUUUUUUCCCUUUAUUUAUCAUGCCAUGUUUCCAUUAUCUUUCUUUCACUAAGCUAAUUGCUUAACUGGCAAGUGAGCUAAUUACAAUGCCGUUUAUGACCUGUUUUAACUCUUUCAAUUGUAGUUAAUAUUUUUGAAUGGCUAACAAGUUUGUUUUA